GAUGGGCGGGAAAGGAAAAGGCACAACUCGUUCAUUCACUGAGUCCACGAUGACGAGUUAAACGCGCUCACACUUACUAUGGCCAGGGGAGAGGGUGGCGAGACUUAUAGCACGGCGGCAAGCUUCCUUCAGCCCAAGACAAUAACGCCCGAUGAUCGGACGCUGAAACAGAGAGAAGCAAGAAAGAAUCUGUCAGUGUGCAAUAAGUUAUGUUAUGCUAUUGGUGGAGCACCCUACCAGAUAACAGGAUGUGCCAUUGGAUUUUUCCUACAAAUUUACCUGUUGGAUGUUGCACAGCUUGACCCAUCAUCUGCAUCCCUGAUCCUUUUCAUUGGCCGAGCCUGGGAUGCUAUCACUGAUCCAGCUAUUGGUUUUUUCAUAAGCAGAAGCAAAUGGACAAAAUUUGGAAGACUGCUGCCAUGGUAAGAAGAUGAUGUUUGCUCUACACCAUUUGCAGUAGCCUCUUACUUUCUCCUAUGGUAUGUGCCAGAUGGAAAUCUAUCAGAGAUUGGAAAGAUCUUUUGGUACUUGAUCUUCUACUGCUUAUUUCAAGCACUACAGACAUGCUUCCAUGUUCCCUAUUCUGCACUAACAAUGUUCAUAAGCACGGACCAGAGGGAAAGGGAUUCUGCAACUGCCUAUCGUAUGACUGUGGAGGUGCUGGGAACAGUCUUGGGAACAGCAAUACAAGGCCAGAUUGUUGGUGGAGCAGAUUCUCCAUGCAUUCAGAAAAAUAUUAACAACUCAAUAUUUACAAUUGACAUCAACAGCACUCAGUACAACUCUAACACUUCCAUCGCUCAAUUGAAAAGUGCAUACAUGAUGGCAGCUGGAGUGAUCGGUGGUGUGUACGUUCUAUGCACCAUCAUUUUGUUCACUGGAGUCCAGGAAAAAGAGGAUCCACACAAUAGAAAGGCACAGAAACCAUUCUCCUUCUGGAAAGGAUUGAAACUUGUUAUGAGCCAUGGACCUUAUGUGAAGCUGAUCAUUGGCUUCCUAUUUACCUCAUUAGCUUUUAUGUUGCUGGAAGGGAAUUACGCACUGUACUGUUCCUACACUCUGGGAUUUCCAAAUGACUUCCAAAAUAUCCUGCUGGUUGUCAUGCUUUCUGCAACAUUGACCAUCCCUUUCUGGCAAUGGUUUCUGACCAGAUUUGGCAAGAAAACUGCUGUGUACAUCGGCAUCUCAUCAGCAGUCCCCUUUCUUAUCCUGAAUGUUCUGGUGAAGCGCAACCUAAUUGUGGCAUAUGUUGUGUCAUUUGCCUCUGGAAUGAGUGUGGCUGCUGCUUUCCUGUUGCCAUGGUCCAUGUUACCUGACGUUGUUGAUGAUUUCAGACUGAAGAACCCAGAGUCCAUGGGACAUGAAGCAAUUUUUUACUCCUUCUAUGUCUUCUUCACUAAGUUUGCAUCUGGAGUGUCCCUUGGAAUCUCCACACUGAGCCUCGAUUUUGCAGGUUACCUGACCCGGGGAUGUGUUCAGCCUGAUGCAGUGCACCUAACCCUGAAGAUGUUGGUUGCACCAGCACCUAUUUUCCUAAUUAUACUUGGACUGAUUCUUUUUAAUUUGUACCCAAUUGAUGAGGAAGUUAGGAUGAAGAACAGGAAAGCACUUGAAGAUUUGCGAGAUGAUGACCAAGAUUCUCAAACAAACGCAAAUGAACUCUGCAGCAUUGUAUAACAAAUAUUAACAGAUCUCAUAUUUGUGUACAGUGUACAUGGCAUUAAAAUGUGAAAGCAACACACCACCAAAUAAGAAUGACAUCCACACAUAAAUAGAUUCAAGCUAAUUUUUUCCACACUGUUUAAUAUGUUUACAUCUAUUCAAACUGAACACAGAAUUUGUACAGUGCAUAUUGUUCUAAUUUAGAAAGAAAAACUGUACAGACAGCUUGGUGUAAUGUAAAUUUAUAUAAAUCUCAAUGUACUGUAUAUAUUUGAAUUAAAAUAUUAGUUGUCAAUAAAAUACCAAAU